AUGCCUCUUGUAAUGAUUGCUGGACUACCUUCCACAGGCAAAAGUACCAGGGCGAAUCAGAUUAAAGAGUUUUUGCAAGAUGUCAAUAAAGUCAAAGUUCAUAUUGUUUCAGAAAAUGACAUAAUAAACAACAAAGAACUUCAUAAGAACAAUUUAUUUUCAGAUCCACAAAAGGAAAAGGAACUAAGAGGCAUUCUGAAAUCAGAAGCUCUAAGGUUAUUAACUCCGAACAAUGUUGUGAUUUUGGAUGCUGGCAACUAUAUUAAAGGUUAUAGGUACGAACUAUAUUGUGCCUCUAAGAACAGUGGUUCGACUCAAGUGACUGUUGAGACGAUAUGUACCAAGGAUGAAGCAUGGGAAUGGAAUGUGAGGAGACCUGAAGGCGAAAGAUAUUCAAAGGAAUGUUUUGAUGCUCUUCAUUUACGUUACGAAAUUCCUGAUUCUCGAAACAGAUGGGAUUCUCCAUUAUUUUGCCUACAAUCACAUGAGAGCAUACCUGGUAGUGAAAUUUACCAAGCUUUGUUCCUAAGGAAGCCACCUCCGCCCAACCAGUCUACACAAAGUGCUCCUUUAAGUUCUGCUAACUUCUUAAAUGAACUAGAUAAAAUAACACAAGCUAUUGUUGCAGAAAUAGUUUCUGCAAAGAAAUGUGGUGCAGAAGGAACAAUUAAAUUGCCAUGCCAUGGUGGAAUUAUUUUAGAAAAUAUCUCGGGCUCAUGUUCACCAGCCCAGCUGGCACGAUAUCGAAGACAGUUUCUUAACUAUGCCAAACUUCAUCCUCCUUCACCGAAGGAAACUCCAGAUGGCCUUGCUCAAUUAUUUAGUCAAUUUUUGAACACAACACUUAGUGCCCUUCCCAGUUGA